GUAAUACGUCAUCAGGAGUCGUCCAAAAAUCACCAAGCACUGUUGCUACAAACAAAACUACUAAUAGCUGUAAGGACCGUCGCACUUGGGGACCUUAGUUUACCGCUUUGAAUUACAGGAACAUGCCUCUCAAUGACACUAUGUUUUGUGCCCAGCAGAUUAAUAUACCCCCUGAACUUCCAGAUAUUUUGAAACAAUUCACAAAGGCAGCUAUCAGGACUCAGCCCCAGGAUGUAUUACAGUGGUCUGCUGCGUAUUUCUUUGCUUUGUCCAGAGGGGAAACUCUUCCUGUAAAGGAACGGCUUGAAAUGCCUGUCGCAACCCAGAAAACUGACACUGGGUUAACAGCUGGUCUUCUGAAAGUCUUGCACAAGCAGCUUUCUCCUCAGGGUUAUGUGGAAGUCGGAGAACUGAGGCAGAAAUGGAAGGAUAUUUGCUUGCCAAAGGAGAAGCUGGACAGCAUUCUCGAACUCGGCAACUUUGCAAGUGAGGUGGAGUGGAUGAAAUUCCUGGCUCUUGGAUGUAGUGCUCUUGGUGGGACCAUCAGCAGUGCUCUAAAGCAUGCAUGUGAAAUCCUGACCUCUGAUCCAGAGGGUGGAGCUGCUCGCAUCCCGUUUGAAACAUUUAAAUUUAUUUUUACUUAUUUGGCUUACGUAGAUGGGGACAUCUCAGACUCUCAUAUUGACACUGUUCUGAGUUCUCUUCAAGAGGAAGCAACCCGACAACAUGGAAUGGUUCAGCCAAGCAAUUUCCAGAAUCUAACAUUAGAUCAGCGUAUUAUAAACUAGCAUUCACAACAUGUGCAUAAUUCAAUUAAAGAGUAACAAUUAAAAUAAUAUAUAUACUUUGUAUUCUAGAUAAGAUUGUGGUGUUAAGGACAGUGGCAGUUUUUACAGAAUUAAUAUAUUUUACAUAACCUGUAUCUGUUAAAAUGAAAGUAACUAUUUAAUAUAUUUUAUUAUUUAUCCUCUAGCUAUUAGCCAUUGACAGUGUAUAAUAGCUAGAAUUGUUUGCUGCUUACUAAGUUAUAAGAUCAGAGAUGAACAUAUUUUGGGAUGUUAUGAUAAAUUAUAAGUGAAUAAAAUAUGCUCAUUAUUCUAUAAA